GCAGCAUACCUUGGGUGAGAAAUAAUCCAUUGGCCCAAAACAUAUGACUGGAUGGUCAUUGGAGUAGAGGCGGUGUCAUGGGGCUAAAAAAAACCAUAGUCUGCCUCAGCUAGACCUACAAUUUUACCGGCCGAGUCAUGGUCUGUUGAUUGUGUGGGUUAUGUCAAGGGUCUUUAGAUAAACUUUAAGAUUAAUCCAUAAAAAAGUUUAAAAAAAAUCUAAAAACAUUAAUAAUUAUGUAAUGUAAUGGGUUAGCUUACAAAACAUGUAAGUCAGUACAUCAAAUGCCCAAGAGGAACAACGUAGUAGCUCUAUACGUGUCUGAUAUUUUGCUCUUUUAACGAAUCGAUAAGAUUCGUAAAAUUCAUCUUUUAACAAACCUUAAUAUUAUAUAAUUUGUAAGUUCAAUACCAAAUAUGAUUUGACUCAGCCACAUACAUACCUACAUUGGGGACAGUUGUUGUAAGAAUCUAAAGACCUUUUUAAGGUUUAAUUUAACAUGGUUUUACUAUGUAUGGUUAAAAGACCCUUGGUCAAGCACUUGUCUUAUGUUGUGUUGAUGCUUAAAAUGGCAUCAAAGACAACAGCACUAGAUUGUGCUAUAAAAGUGUAAUAAAGAAAGUACUUGUUUUAACAUGAUUUGACCAAACUAAUAGGAAAAAACAUUAGAACUUUAUCAAGUUAAUAUUUCAGGGGAGCAAUUGUUCUGGUUUGACUUUCGGUUAUGAAUUGGUUACUGGAAUUAAUAUUUCAAUUCUUUCAGCGUCAUGGUAGGGAGAGAUAUGAUAUAUAAUGGAGGCAAUCGACCGGCCGGCCAGAGUAAACAACUGGAAGUAACCCAGUCAAAUUAGUAUUUCAAGUUGAUUUUUUUUUUUUCCUUCUUUGUUUAAGUUGAAAAAGAGUUUUACUUUCUGCAAUUUUGACUCCAUCAAAACUCAACAGAUACACUUGCCACGGAGACGACAGCUCUAGUUUCUGUUGCUUUUGUGGCUUCCAAUCCAAUCCACUUAGUCUUUCGUGUGGAUUACGCCCCAUUUUGUUGACAAACUAGAGUACACAUCUUGGAAGUUUGCCGUACGCACACGGCAUGUCGUGGAUCUCGUCAACCUUGACUUUUAUAUGUUCUUCGUGAGCCACGUAUUGACUUAGUGAACGAUCGAUUUCUUCAACAUAUUUGCUGGAUUGGAAUUUUUGAAGUAGUAUUUAGGGUUUUCAGGUUUGAACUGAGAGUAGGAGUCUGUUGGGUCAUGUUCUAGGUCACUUUCCAUCUUAGUUGUUGACAGAAAAUUUUUAUUUAGAAAAUUUAUCAAAUGGUAGACAAAGUAAACAGAGAAGGAACCGAGGUGUUUCCUUCCAAGUCAUCAACAUAGAGAUAGGACUUAGGAGCUGGCUGCCAUUGUUUCAGUUCACAUGAAGCUUAGCUGGUUCAAUUUUACUGUCUCAAAUGCAAGCGAGUGGGAAUGCUAGUAAUUUUCUCCAAAGUCAAGGCCAAUCCUCGCCUAGUACAGAGCGGAAGCUCAGGCGCAUGAGGAAGCUUAGACACGCUACUGACGAUGAACUCGGAUUGUCCACCGAUCGUUCUUCUCCCUCUUCGGAUUUCACCCGAAAGUCGCGGUCAACCUUCGCCGUCCCAAUACCUCUGCCGCUCCCUGAAUCUUCCUCGGUUCGAAGACCAGACUCUUCCGGCUCCAAUUCCUGCCAUAGUCUCCAAUCUCCGGACGAGGUGCUUGCCUCCUCGUUAGGAAGGAGGAAAAACUCAAAUCAUGUAGCCAGAUGUUCAGACAAAUCUUUGAGUCAUUUUCUUAAGGGGGACUCUAAAAAUGUUGAUAAUAUGAGGAGCAGCCCAAGAAGGGGCUUCUUAAAUCCUGCUGUUGGCGCACAAAGAUCAAAUGCAGCAGGUGCUGAUCUUUUUUCUUUGCCUGAUCCUGAUUCCAAAUCUUUAAGCACUCGGCGUAGAGGAUUCUCUCAUGAUUUAAAAGUUGUUCACCCAUUAAGGUUCGAUGUUUCUCCCAAGAGUGCUCCGACAAGUGUUUUCUCAAGUCCUGCUGUUAGUCCUCAAAGAGCAAAAGCUGGAGAUCCUAUUUCUUCUUUCUGGGCUCGUAAAGACAUUCUGGCUUGGUCAACUAUAGAAGUCUCAGACUCAAGUAGGAAUUGUACUUCACCGGUCUCACCAGUUAGAACAAGUGUAUAUAGUGCUGAUCAUUCGCCCCUUCAUAGCCCCACUAUGCAAAGUCCAAAAAUCAGCCCCAAAAAUCCUAAAUUUUGUUUCCCAUUGCAUCAUCAAUCACUUCCACAGCCUGAACCUGAAAGCCAUGCUGGUGCCUACAAAUUGCCUCUUCCCCCUGGAGCUUUGGCAGCACCACAAUCAUCUAUGCCAUCUCCUGUGAUUCAUCAAGUUUUUGAAAUGCCAAAUCCAUCAUCAAUGCAGAAUCAAUGGCAAAAAGGAAAACUUAUUGGACGUGGUACUUUUGGAAGUGUUUAUAUUGCAACCAACAGAGAGACUGGAGCUUUAUGUGCAAUGAAGGAGGUUGAUAUCAUCCCUGAUGACACUAAGUCUGCUGAAUGUAUAAAGCAGUUGGAGCAGGAAAUUAGAGUCCUCCAACACUUAAAGCAUCCAAAUAUAGUACAGUAUUAUGGAAGUGAAGUGGUUGAUGAUCACUUUUACAUAUACCUGGAGUAUGUUCAUCCUGGAUCUAUUAAUAAAUAUGUUCGUGACCAUUUUGGGGCUAUAACAGAAUCUAUAGUUCGUAAUUUCACCCGACACAUUCUCUCUGGGCUGGCUUACCUGCAUAGCACAAAAACAAUCCACAGGGACAUUAAAGGCGCAAAUUUGCUUGUUGAUGCCACUGGUGUUGUAAAGCUUGCAGACUUUGGGAUGGCAAAACAUCUUACAGGAUUAUCAUAUGAGCUAUCAUUGAAGGGCAGCCCAUACUGGAUGGCUCCUGAGGUGAUGCAGGCUGUAAUGCAGAAAGAUGCCCAUUCUAAUCUUGCUUUGGCUGUUGACAUUUGGAGCCUAGGUUGUACUGUAAUUGAGAUGCUUACUAGUAGACCUCCAUGGGGUGAGCUUGAAGGGCCUCAAGCUAUGUUCAAGGUCUUGCACAGAACCCCACCUAUACCAGAAACAUUAUCUUCAGAGGGAAAGGAUUUUCUCCAACUUUGCUUUCGAAGAAAUCCUGCAGAGCGGCCAUCAGCUACAAUGCUACUUGCACAUCCUUUUGUCUGUAACUCAAAUGAUCAAAAUAUGCCAGUCUUGGUGCAGGGGAUUUCAAAAAUGAACCUAAUAGAUAGAUCACUUAGUCCAAUAGACCAUCCUGCACAGAAAGUUGAGUUUAUGCCAAAGUCGUCGGGCACACCAAUUAGAGAUAGUAAGCAGCCUUGUAAUAGUGAAACCUUUCAACAAUGUUACGCAUUUAAUUGCGCUACAGCUUCGCAUCACUCUCCAUGUUCUACCCUUGGAGUAAAUCGGUCUUUAUCAACACCGCCAUUGAUUCAUAAUUCACAUAAUUUUAGUCCCUCAUCAAACGCUUCCAGCAAUAUGCCCCUGGGUGCCGUGAACAACCACCCUUGUGCUCUGUCAAGGACUCAUGGAAGGGAAGUUCCACACAUCUGAAACACGUUUUUGGUUGAAAUAGAUUGAUCUGAUAGUGAGUCUCCCCUGUGCAGAGCUGCAGGGCAAACCUAGGAAGUUGCAGAAAAGCCCUCGAGGAGGUUUUGAUAAAUUAAGCAGAGGUUGAAUUGUAGUUUUUCUUUUAUUAACCUCUGAUUUCUGCCAUGUAAAUACAGGGUGUCAGUGUGUGCCUUAUAAUGUAACCAGGAAGAAAAUUUUUAUUGGACGAAAGGAGUUGUAGAUAUUUAGGCAUUAUUUUUGGCCUAUGAAAUUUAUUCUUGGCAACUAAUUUUGCCAUUGUUGAAUAA